GCUCAAACAACUCGCACAACCACAUCGCGUUUGAACCCUAGAAACAUAGCAUAUAUACAUAUAUAUUUAUAUAUAUACAGACAUAGGGGUAUAUGAAAAGUUCCCCCGUAUAAAGUUCGUUCUGUGUGCGUUCGCGAUUAAAAUUACAAAAUGUGGCGCUCGCUUUUGGCACUUUUGCUCACGAGUGCGACGUGCUGUGGGGCGGAACUCUUCCGGGAGGGCUUGAGGACCCCGGAAACGAUGGCCUACAUUAACGGGCUAGUGCAGCAGCAACAGCAGCAACAGCAGCAGCAGCAGCAACAGCAGCAGCAACAGCAGCAGCAGCAGGUGCAACUGGAGGCGCAGCACAUUCAGGCGAUACCGCUGCCCCCCGUGCCGCCCCUCCAAUCACCCGGCCUUGUGAGCGGCCUUGUGAAUGGCUUUGGCAGCCACAACGACCCCGCGCUGAAUCGCAUAUCAGGCGCUUCGGUGAAACAGCCGCUUCCGGCUGCCCCUCCCCAAUUCUCCGCCCCCGCCUCCACCUCCGCCUCCGGCUCCGGCUACGUGGAUGUGGCCACCUCCGAUAAGAUUGCGAACAGUGUGCUGAACUUUGCCAACAUUAUGGGACAGCACUUGACCAGCGGCAAAACGGAGCUAUUCUCCCCGCUGAGCAUUGUGUACUCGCUGGUGCUGCUGCUGCUGGGCGCCAAGGGUCGCAGCUACGAGGAGCUGUCCUUGGUCUUUGGCAUUCCAGAUACGUACCGCCUGCACCAAGAGUUCGGCCUGAUGCUGCAGGAUCUGCAACAGCCCACCAGGGAGGCAGUGUCGCCAGGGCGACCGCUGACCAACUGGCGUGCCAGCAGCCCCAUGAGAUCCAACCGACGGGCCCAGCGACCGGGUGCCCAUGAGGUGCACCUGGCCAAUGGCCUGUUCACACAGGCCGGCUACUCACUCAACCCCGACUACAAACGGGUGAUCGCCGAGGUCUACGCCUCGGAACUGCAGGUUCAGGAUUUCGAGGGCAGUCCGGCGACAGCGCGUUACAACAUCAACGCCUGGGUGGCGAAGCACACAAAGAACCACAUCGAGAACAUCAUCUCCAGCGAUAUACCGCAGGCCACCAGGAUGAUCAUCGCCAAUGCGUUGUACUUCAAGGGCUUCUGGGAAACGGACUUCAUCGAGUCGGCCACGCGACCGGAUAACUUUUAUCCCAAUGGCGAGGGAACUGAGCCGGCCAUGAGGGUGCAGAUGAUGGCCACUGGAGGCGCAUAUCCGUAUCACGAGGAUCACGAGCUGGGCUGCAAGAUCAUUGGACUGCCGUACAGGGGAAAUCUGAGCACCAUGUACAUCAUCCAGCCAUUUAAGUCAUCGGUGCGGGAGCUAAUGUCACUGCAGCAGCGUUUGACGGCGGAUAAAAUCGAGGACAUGAUCGGCAGGAUGUACAGACGGGCAGCCCUGGUGGCAUUGCCAAAGAUGCAUCUCACCAAGUCGAUCAACCUAAAGACCCUCAUGCAGCGCAUGGGGCUGGGCGGCAUCUUCAGCUCGGUGCAGAAUGAUCUCUCGCUGAUCGCCACCAACGAGGCGACGAGAACGAAUUCGCUGGGCGGGAAUAGUCUGCAGAAUCUGGAGACACAGCGCAGAGCCGGAACGGGUGGAGCACGCUCCGAUUUGGUGGUGGAUGACAUACUCCACAAAGUGGACUUCACCGUCAACGAGCAGGGCACGGAGGCGGCGGCGUCUUCGGUCACAUACCUUAAGAAAUCCGGUCCCGAUGUCGUCUUCCGGGGCGACACUCCAUUCCUGGUACUUGUGCGCCACGAUCCCACGAAACUGGUGCUCUUCUACGGUCUUAUAAAUGAGCCUCCAGCGGCUGCUUAGCUUCAAAGACCGUAUAUAUUAUUAAGCUUUAGCACCUAAGUUCGUUGACUAUAGUUAGGAAGCUAAUUAAAUCAUUUUUAAAUAUUAGUAAUAAAUUAAACAGUAGAAUAUCAGAAUGUA